AUGUCUGGUGAUUAUGAUCGGCAAACCACAGAUUUGAAGGCAGCUAAUGAUUUUGCAAUUGAAAAAUUGAAAGACUACCUAAAUAAAUUCGGUGAAGAAACAAUGACAAAAGCAUCUAAGAAUUUCAUCAUUGAUCUAUUAGAAAACCAAGGAUCUCCAUUCCGUACAUUCUAUGAAAACAUUAAAGAUGGGACGGUACAGAUCGAUGCAGAAUUUGAAGGAACAAUCAACAAAGGUACUCAAUUAUUUAAAGAAGGACAUGAAUGGAAAGUUCGGUUCACAAUUGAUGCUGACACGCCUCCAUCUGGAAGUAAUCAAAAAAAGCAUAUUGGAUUUGAAAUUCAUAUUAAAGGAAAGUCUAAACAGGCAGGGCAUGCUUGGUGUGAUGCUGUACCAAAAGGAAGACCUGGCACAGGCGUAGCGAUGCGUGAAGAAAAAACUGGACCAAUGGAGCACACAUUUCAAAAUAAAGAUGAACUAAAAUAUUGGUUUACUACAUACAAAAUUCAUUAA